CUUACAUUUGAUUUUAUAAAUUUCGCAAACUAUGAUAAGGAUCAAGCUGCACAUAAUGAAAUUAUAAACCAAUGUAUCAAUUUAAGACUUAAAAAUGAACACAAUCUUACUGCUUAUAGCUCUAUAGAGUAUUGUAGGCACAAGGAACCAAUGUUUGAUGUGGAUGAACUUGACAUUGGAUUUAUAUGCUUAUUAUUAGUUCUACUUUUAAUUGUUUGCAUCUCAUCAUACUACGAUUUAAGGUUAAGAUUCGUAUAUGAGAAAUUUAACGGCAUACAAAUGGAACCAGCUGAUUAUUAUAAAAAACCGACAUCAUCAUUGUUUCAUCAACUAAUGGUGUCAUUUUCUGUGUAUCGAAACUGGUAUAUCUUGUCAGCACCAACAAAAGGUGAAUUGAGAGAUUUAAGAGCAAUUUCAGCAAUUAGAAUAUGGACAAUGAUCUCGAUUGUUUAUGGACAUGCCACGUGGUUUUCAGUAUCAACUCCAUUGCGUAAUCCUUUGUUUAUUGAGAAGUCUUGCUGUUUAUGGUUCUUCUUCAUGCUACAUGGCUACAUAGAUUUGAUGAUGGACCAUAUUGGGAUAAGUUUACAGUGUAUGAAAGGCAGUCGUGUCGAAAGAAUAUGUGGACUAAUUUGUUAUUGAUUAACAAUUAUGUCGGCGGUGAUAUGAAGUGUAUGAUUCAUACUUGGUACUUAGCGACUGAUUUUCAAUUAGGCAUUAUUGGAACUGCUUUAUUGUUGAUGUGUAUGAAAUAUCCCAAAAAAAGAAAUUUCAUUCUUUUUGGAUCAAUCAUUGUCUCAUUCAUCAUCGCUGUAAUCCAUUUUUAUGUUCAUCAACUUGAACCAAUUUUGAUGCUGCCGCCAGAAAACUUGCGAAAUCAAUUGAUGGGAAAUCCAGAAUAUGACAGAUAUUUUUAUGACUUUCACGCGCCAACACAUUUAAACACGGGAAAUUAUUUAAUCGGAUUGGUAAUUGGAUAUUUCUAUUAUCAAUAUAAACAAUCAAAUGGAAGAACUGACAAUCGAUCAGCAUUUUUGAAUGUUUUAUGGCACUGUUCAUACCUCUUGACAUUCAUCUUGUGCUUUAUUGGAUUUUAUUUCUAUGAAUAUGAUAUUAAAUUAGGAAUUUGGUCUGCAUUGCUUGGAGCUCUUUUGAAGCAUAUUUAUGGGCCAAUAAUUGGUAUAUUAUUUGUCGGUAUAUUUAAUCGAUACGGCUGGUUGAUACCAAAAAUGUUCAAUUACGGAAUGUAUAGAAUAUUGGCAAGAUUAUCCUUUUCCGUUUAUAUGGUUCAUUUGACGAUGGGCUGCCUGAUUAUCAUGAAAAACAAAUUCCCUAUUGAGUCAAAUAAUUCAAUGUUGCUUUCAUCUACUGUAAUCGUGUAUACGUUAAGCCACAUAGCAGCUCUUUUUCUUGUGGUUUGUUUAGAGCUGCCAGCUCACGCAAUAUUCAAGACCAUAGUUAAUGAAAUCCUUGAUAAACCGAGGGGAGCCGAGAAGCCUCCGACACCAAAUAUAAUUAACUUUAAAAUUGAUUAUACAUCCACAAAACUUUAGUUGUCUCUGAUUGCAUCCAGGAUGACAACUUACUUUUAAAAUCUAGAGCAAACCAAAAUUAUUAAGUAUACUGCUGGAGAUUUGGAGUUGUUUGGAUAUUGUGUGAUAUUUAUGGAUAACUUCAUAGUCUACAAUGAACUUAAUAUAUGAAUGACUCCUUAUUAAUGGGAUGUAAUCAAUGAUAUUUAAAUAGUAUCAAGUUUUAAGGACCAUCGAUGCUGAACAGAGUCUAAUUUCUAGAAAAUUGAAUAAGAUAUUCAGCACCCUUGGUGUGAUGCCUAUGAAUAAUCUCAAUUGAAUCAAUUACUUUUAAUUUUAAGAUUAAGUUCUUAUUUUUAACGAACAGCA